AUGGCGACUACUCUCGAUACCCGUCGCAUACGGCGAUGCACACCCGCUCAGCUGCGGGAUUACUUCAAGGGGAUCCAACAUGACGUAGCAGAGAAACUUUGUACGCUUCAAAUACUUGACGCCAUUUCACGUGGAUCUGUUGCGCCUUCUCCCAUUUUUUCGACAUGGCUCGGCGUCACCAAAUCACCGUCUGCCAUUCAGUCGGGACUGCAACAGACCUUCUCGAUCCUUGUGAGAGAGAUUUCCAUCACACACCUUGGCAAAGCCUUCUGCUCAUCGCGAUGGAAGGACUUGUCGAAUCAGCUGGGUGGUGUACCGGGUUUACUGAACCUGCUCAACAAUUUGUCCGUUGCCGAGUACCACCCCGAAAUCAUAAGGAGGGAACAACUUCGGGCGUUGAACGACAAGACAAGACCCGGGAUCGACCAAAAGAAGUUUCAAAGCCUGCUUACCAUCUACCCACAAGACUUGGGCACCAUGCAAGGCUUCUCUGCCUCCAUGAAUUUCGCUCUGGAUCUACUGCGGAAGUUGAGUGCUAGCACAGAGAAAUUGCUCAGCGACGAUAUCUUCAUCAACGACUUGGUUCGACCUCUCCUUUCGCGCGCUCUCAAGAAGAAACUUGAGUGGUGCACCGUCCGAGAAAUUGUCGAUCUCACUCUCCUAUACCUGGAGACGCAUCCAUCCGCAGGUAAGGAGAUCAGCAUCAGCAAAGGUGACGUACAUUAUCUGGUUGCUCAGUGCUGGGCGCAUGAGCCAGAAAUGUUUGAGGCGCAGCUCAAGAAGCUGUGCUCAGAUUCAGUAUUUGGUACCUCGUCACAUGAUGACAUUGACGAGUGGAACGAAUUCGUGGAUGGGAUCCCACGGCACCGGCGAUAUGCAUUGUUGCGACUGUGUUUUGCGGAGUCGACUAGAAUGGACCUGGAUAGCGACGACGAUCUCAAGAAAGUUAAAGGAAGUCUCUAUGACGAGUUGCUCGACACGCUUAGUCCAGAGGAAGCUCUCGACCUGUUCACACGGCUACGCGUAGCGAGGGGAGAUGAUGACCUCUUCACUAUCACUGCUGGAAACACAAUCACGGACAUCGGACCCGCCUAUAAUACACAUGCCUCGGAUCCUGAUUUAUAUCACGUCGUCCUGCUGGUACGCAAUGGGCAAUACGAACAGGCACGAAACCUCGCAACCGCGCAACUCGAACUGCGCAAGAAGAAGGCAGAGAAAGCAUCGACUCCUGAACAACGUGCAUUCUAUGCCAAAUCUUCCCUGUACUAUGGUGUCGCCAGUGGUGAUAUGCAAGUAUACCAGUCCACACUGGAAUGGACAAAACGCUUUCUCCGCGAUCCACAGGUACUUCCGGCGCUCUAUCCACGCUGGGAAGGAACGCUGUACUUGUUUCAACAGGUUGUUUCGGAGCGAAUCAAGAAGUCAGAGUCAGUGCGCAAGUGCCUCUCCGCAUCUGACGAAGAGAUGUACGACAUACUUUGGGCAGAUACGCUAGAGAUGCUACUUGCUGUGGAGAAGAAAGCGAACCGUCGCGAAUCGGUCAGACUGGAGGCCAACAGUAUAUGUGGCCCACUGGGGUGGCUAGCUCAUCGGAGUAACGGUAGAUCUGACUUUGAACCAGCGACGCCAUCGAAGUAUAUAUACAGGUUUUUCGAUAACCUCGCCAAGGCUAGAAAUGAGUACUGGAAGACGCUGCGAGCGACCGUCCAUCCCGCGACUCUUGCACUUCCGGACCCUCUGCCGCGCGGUUUACCAGCCCAGUAUCUCACGAAUCCAUGGAUCCUCAAUACACCUGAUCUAGAGAAUGUCGCGCCGUACAUCGCAUCUCGCGCAGAAGCCGUCGUAUUCCAAGACCCAGUUGUUGCUCUUGAGCUUUUGGCCGACGACGAGGAAUCUAUGGAGGCCAUGGGAAUGUUCGUUGAGAGCUAUCAAUAUGCCUUGCGAGUUUACAUUCCCAAGUCUUGUAGUGACGAUGAGCGUACCAGACGCAUCCAAAAGGCGUGGAAUCAUGCUAGAGGACCCUUGAGCCAAGGUCGUAUGGAUGACGACGAAGCCGUCUGGUGGUGGCGGGAGAAGCCGCCAUUUGAGCUCCAGAAAUACUGGCCGCCAUAUCAAGAGAUGGUGAAGCGCAAAGGCGUUAUCUGGCCUCUGAUACCGGACGUCGAGGACCCUGAACACCCAUGCGAGUGGAAUCCUUUCGAAGCUGGGCGGCCAAACCGACCUAACCGCGAUCUUGGAAAGCUGACUUAUCUGGACCUAUCCGUUCUCAUGAUGGGUAAAACCCCAUCAAUAGCCCAGAUAUGGACAAGAUCAAUGCUGGAUGCAUAUUCACCCACAGUCUCAGCACAUAAGGAGGAUAAGUCUCAGCUAUGGGCCUCUUCGCGUAACAUAGGCGAAGGAGGUGUGCUCGCCGCUCUGCUCUAUCUUGAAAUGAAGCACGGAGCCCCCAACGGCCGCCUUCUACAAAAGCCUUUCCCAUCUGCCGAGGAUGCACGCUUCCCGACUCAAAACUUGGCUCUGCAAACAAUUAUUGGCAGACCUAAAGCAAGCUCAUGGCACCGUCAGCUGUUGAAGUUGAGUUAUCUGCGCAAGCUCUCGCAUGCAGAUGCGAAGACAUUUUGCGAACGCUUUGCAGAGGCAGUGAUUGCGAAGAUCCCUGCCAGGAAAGAAAGGAAGGAAGAUGUGACCGGCGAAGGAGAGAACGCGGACAACCCGGCCAAGUCAUUCGUCAAAGUCACCACAAUCAAGUCACUGGCACAGCUGCUCCUCCAAGCAGACUUCGUUGACGAAAAUUUUGCACUCUCGGUGCUUCUGACCCUUCUCGAACGAGCUUCCCAUCGCGACGUGCGAGUAAACACAGCUCAAGCACUUCUUGGUAUCUUCGAGACAUGUCCUCCGGAGCUGGCCGAGAAGAUUUUGGUAGCCUUAGAGGGACUCAUACCAAUAGCUGGCAAUCUGAAUGAAAACAAGUUGGUCACAGAGGAAGAAUGGAUUAAUGCCGAAAAGACCUUGGACUUGCCCGGGUAUCCAGGCAUCGACGACGAUCUGGUUCUAUUCGAGCUGUUCUUCACACACUUGUCCACGACACCGCACACUUCAAAAAGACUCCUGAUUUUUAUUGAACGUAUAUUGCUCCCGACACUCGCUCACCGAAAACGCCAGGUUGCGCGCUGGGUCGCGCUAUUCCUGAAGAAAUAUGGCGUCGAAGAAACUGGUGGUCUACUGCCACGUGUACCCCAACGUGCGAGUGUGCUACUUGGUAGCAGAGUGGCUUGUUACCUUCCACGAACCAUUCUGGAAGACUUGGUGUCAUACAUUGAGUUCAACAUUAGACUUCCCGCACCCAUCGUUGCGCUGAACGAUAGAAUUCGUAGCGAUUCUGCCAUCCUGAAGCGACCAGAAGUUCACAUAUGGUUCGAUCUAUUCGGCUCAGGCACUGGUGCUCUGUCGCAUUCGCAACCUUCGACAUUCUCUCGCUAUUCGAUAGGGGAGUAG